GCCACUCAACCUACAAUAGGUACAUGGAAAGUAAGGUUUUAUUUCUUUUAUUUUUUGAAACAGGUGACAACCAAAGUCAAGCAACUGAAGGAUUCAGUUACCUGCUCCCCAGGAAUGGUUAGACUUUCUGAACUCAAAUCAGCAGUUCGGAAUUCCCAGCCCAUCGGGACAGCUGUGGCCUUGCCAGAUGAGCUCAUCACCCAGCGAGAAGAUGCAGUGGCUGCGGUGGAGGAGGACAAGCAGGAAGAGGACACGGCUGAGCAGGAGGCCGUGGUCACAGAAGCCCAGCCUCGGAGGCGGAAGCCAGCCAGGCUGCUUGAGGCGGGAACAAAGGUGGAGCCAGAGGAAAAGUUCCGAGGAAGGAGGCAGAAGGACUUUGAUAUAUCUGAACAGAGUGAAUCCAGCGAUGAGGAGAACCAGAAAAAAGAGAGAACGCGCACUGCAGAGGAGCCAUGGACUCAGAAUCAGCAGAAACUUCUGGAACUGGCAUUACAGCAGUACCCAAGGGGAUCUUCUGAUCGCUGGGACAAAAUAGCCAGAUGUGUCCCAUCUAAGAGUAAGGAAGACUGUAUUGCUAGGUACAAGUUGCUGGUUGAAUUGGUCCAAAAGAAAAAACAAGCUAAAAGCUGAAUAUUCUGGAAGACGAUGUUCACCUACAUUUUCCAAAACGCGUAUUUUAAAACUCUUAUGCAGAAAUUUGCAUUUUGUACCUCAGUAUUUCUACACAUCAUGUGCCUUAGUAAAAAUAAAUAAAUAAAUAAAUAAUAAAUGUUAUGCUAUAUUGUUUAAAUAAAUAGUGUAUGGGGGGAAGGAUUUGGGUAUUUUGCAGAUUAUUUUAUAUCUAAUCACUGCAAAGUUUACAUUCUUGGAGAACAAAUGAAUAGUACUUUCUAAUGAUCAGGCAAAUAAAUGUUUUUGAAGGAACAUA